AUGGAGCGAAGGCGAGAGAUUUCCAUCCCAACCCUGGAUAGCUCGGACAAUUUCAUCAAACUCAACGGCGGCCAAACCGGCUUUUACAGGGUUUCCUAUCCUGCAGACAUGAUCGAAAAGCUUGGCAAUGCCGUGAUCGCCGGCAUGCUAAGUGCCUCGGACCGGCUGGGGAUUUUGAAUGAUGCCUUCAGCCUGGCAUUUGCGCUGCACGUGCCCACGGUCGAUGCGUUGGGUCUUUUGGAAAAAUAUGUUUCCGAAACGGAUCUCAUCAUUUGGAUGGAAAUCAGCGGCCAGCUGAGCAAGCUGAGAUCCAUUUUUUUUGAGCAUGCAGAGGACACUCGAGCUUCGCUUGCCAAUUUGACGCUGCAGCUUUUUUCGCCGCUUGUUGAGCGUCUUGGAUGGGAUUUUUCCUCUUCAGAUUCAGACAAAGUCUCCCUUUUGCGUGCACUAGCCAUUUCUGUGUGCGGGUCAAAUGGCAAUCAGCGCGUGCUUGCCGAGGCCAGACGCCGCUUCGAUCUGUUUGCGGACAAGGGAGAUCUUUCCGCACUGCAUCCGAACAUUCGCGGGCCGGUGUUUUCGAUGCUGGCCAAGUAUGGCGGUCUUUCGGAGUAUGAAAAGAUUCACCAAAUUUACGUGACCUCCGUGAACGUGGCAGAUGCCAAAGUGAUUGCCCUCUCGGCGCUGUCCUCGACCCGCCAGCCAGAGCUGAUACGACGCACGCUUGAAAUGGCGUUGGACCGUACCAAGGUCAAGUCGCAGGACAUCAUUUACAUUUUCCGAAACAUUGCCGGAAAUGAAGCUGCUCGCCGCGUGACAUGGGAUUUUGUAAAGGCGCACUGGAACGAGCUACAUGAUGAAUUCUACAGAGGCUCGCUUUCCCUGCUCUCCUCUGUCGUGGGUGCAAGUACCGGGAUGCUCACCAAAAUCGAGGAUGCCAUUGAGGUGAAGAAAUUCUUUGAACAGCAAAAGGACGUCGCUGCCAUUGCCCGUGUCGUUGAGCAGUCGCUGGAAAAGAUCAAGAAUUCUGCCCAGUGGAUUGAAAAGGAAUCUGCUUGCGUUGAGAAAUGGCUAAAAUCCAAAUAA